ACCGCUGUGUGAGACGUGCGUGGAGGCUCACCAGCGGGUGAAGUACACCAAGGACCAUACUGUGCGCUCCACUGGGCCAGCCAAGUCUCGAGAUGGUGAACGCACAGUCUAUUGCAACGUGCACAAGCAUGAACCCCUCGUGCUGUUUUGUGAGAGUUGUGACACCCUCACCUGCCGGGACUGCCAGCUUAAUGCCCACAAAGACCACCAAUACCAGUUCCUGGAGGAUGCGGUGAGGAACCAGCGCAAACUCCUGGCCUCCCUGGUGAAGCGCCUUGGGGACAAACAUGCCACCCUGCAGAAGAACACCAAGGAGGUCCGCAGCUCGAUCCGCCAGGUGUCUGAUGUGCAGAAGCGUGUGCAGGUGGACGUCAAGAUGGCCAUUUUGCAGAUCAUGAAGGAGCUGAAUAAGCGAGGCCGCGUGCUGGUCAAUGAUGCCCAGAAGGUGACGGAGGGGCAACAGGAGCGCCUGGAACGGCAGCACUGGACCAUGACCAAGAUUCAGAAGCACCAGGAGCACAUCCUGCGCUUUGCCUCUUGGGCUCUGGAGAGUGACAACAACACAGCACUGCUGCUGUCCAAGAAGCUGAUCUACUUCCAGCUGCAUCGGGCUCUCAAGAUGAUUGUGGAUCCUGUUGAGCCACAUGGCGAGAUGAAGUUCCAGUGGGACCUCAAUGCUUGGACCAAGAGUGCCGAGGCGUUUGGCAAAAUUGUGGCAGAACGUCCUGGCACCAACUCAACAGGCCCUGCACCCAUGGCCCCUCCAAGAGCCCCAGGACCUCUGAGCAAGCAGGGCUCUGGAAGCAGCCAGCCCAUGGAUGUGCAAGAAGGCUAUGGCUUCGGGUCAGAUGAUCCCUACACAAGUGCAGAGCCCCAUGUGUCAGGUGUGAAGCGGUCCCGCUCGGGCGAGGGCGAGGUGAGCGGCCUCAUGCGUAAGGUGCCACGUGUGAGCCUCGAACGCCUGGAUCUGGACCUCACAGCUGACAGCCAGCCACCAGUCUUCAAGGUCUUCCCAGGCAGCACCACCGAAGAUUACAACCUCAUUGUGAUCGAGCGAGGGGCUGCCGCUGCAGCUGCUGGCCAGCCUGGGACUGCGCCCCCAGGGACACCUGGCGCCCCGCCCCUGCCUGGCAUGGCCAUUGUCAAGGAGGAAGAGACAGAGGCAGCCAUCGGAGCCCCUCCUGCUCCCCCUGAGGGCCCUGAGACCAAGCCUGUGCUGCUGGCUCUGGCAGAGGGCCCAGGUGCUGAAGGCCCCCGUCUGGCCUCACCCAGUGGCAGCACCAGCUCAGGCCUGGAGGUGGUAGCUCCUGAGGGCUCUUCUGCUCCAGCUGGCGUACCCGGUACCCUGGAUGACAGUGCCACUAUAUGUCGCGUCUGUCAGAAGCCAGGCGACCUGGUCAUGUGCAACCAGUGCGAGUUUUGCUUCCACCUGGACUGUCACCUGCCUGCCCUUCAGGAUGUCCCAGGGGAGGAGUGGAGCUGCUCACUCUGCCACGUGCUCCCUGACCUGAAGGAGGAGGAUGGCAGCCUCAGCUUGGAUGGUGCCGACAGCACUGGUGUGGUGGCCAAGCUCUCACCAGCCAACCAGCGGAAAUGUGAGCGAGUCCUGCUGGCCCUGUUUUGCCAUGAACCCUGCCGUCCCCUGCACCAGCUGGCUACUGACGCUACCUUCUCUCUGGAUCAGCCUGGUGGCACCCUGGACCUGACCCUGAUUCGUGCGCGCCUUCAGGAGAAGUUGUCACCCCCUUACAGCUCCCCCCAGGAGUUUGCCCAGGAUGUGGGCCGCAUGUUUAAGCAGUUCAACAAGUUGACUGAGGACAAGGCUGACGUGCAGUCCAUCAUCGGCCUGCAGCGCUUCUUCGAGACGCGCAUGAAUGAGGCCUUCGGUGACACCAAGUUCUCUGCUGUGCUGGUGGAACCCCCACCGCUGAGCCUGCCGGGUGCUGGUCUGAGUUCCCAGGAGCUGUCCGCUGGUCCUGGUGAUGGCCCCUGAGGCAGGGACCCCCAUGGCCAGCCCAGCUUGGAUCUGUUGUCUUGUUACCCCAUCCCUGCUUCCUUGGUGGCCUGAUUGCCCACUCCUUGGUGGUCCAUGCCCUAGUCCCUCACAAUAUGGUUUUUACUUCUGUGGAUUUAAUAAAAAUUUCACCAGUUCCUCAGG